AUUAGCAUAAAUAAUAAAGAAGGAUAGGUUUAGUCAUUUUGAAUUAUCCUAUUUUCUGAGAGGUAUAUAUACAAGGAAAUUAUCUUUUUUAGUGAUAGGCUCACAUCGAAUAAGGAGUAUUUACCUAUAAAUAAUAAAGAAAUUUUGCCACAGGAACUUAUCAUGCGCUGCAGUAGUAUUUUAGUUAUUCUGAUACUGGUUUCUAUCAGUGAUGCAUGGCUUUUCCGUCGUAAUAAAAGUAAAUCUAGUGGAUCAGGAGGAUCAAAUGUUAAAAGGCUCCCCCAUGAUAUGAACAAGAAAGGUCUUACAAAUCUAUACAACAGCAAAGUUACGAAAGUUGAAAGUGUUUCAAGACCAUUGAACGGAUUUCUAGGGAAAAUUGGAAUAAAACAUACUGGAGUUGUAGCUACUACUAAAAAUGGUGGAAGGUUUCUGGUCCACAAAGGCCCUGGUUAUGGGAAGUCUUCAAGUACAGUCGUUGUCAACGCCAAACAUAUGUCAAACAAAUGGACAAAAACAGGAGAAAAAACAGCAUCUGGUGGAAAAACAAUUUCUGAUGUCAUGAAAGAUGGCUUUGUCAACAAAAAGUAUGGAUUUCUUCCAAACCAAAAAAUAUGUUGGGGGGCUUCUAAGAAUAUAAUGAAAAAUGCGGAUCGACAAAAGCGAAGUUGUUAGAAUAUCACUUGAAUUGUUUCUUUUUUGUAUGCAUGAUAUAUUUUAUAUCAAAAUCUUUUUAAACAUGUAAAGAAUAAUUAUUUAGAUAAGUACAUUCCAAAAUCUAUUUUGCUAAGAUGUGUUUUAUACAAAGAUGUAGAGGUAACUUAAGUAUCUUUUUAUAAUCCUUGUAUCUAUGAUGAGUUCAUUUACAUUUCGGUAAAUAUAAUGUUCAUACACUGUUUGCCAAAAGUCAUGUUUUGAAUUAUCAGGUCAAUUCAAGUUCUUAAAUCUAUGAAAAAACAUGGUGAUAUAAAGCUACAUAAAUAUGCAAGAUCUUAUAUUUUUAUUAUAUCAUAAAAACGUCAAUAUUCAAAUGAUUUUUAUUUUUUUAAUUACUUAGGAAAACAUUCUUAUCUAAUGAAGCUUUUUUUUAUAACCCUUUUCUUAAUGACUAGAAUGAGUUAUGCGAACAAUCGUGGCAGUCAAAGAAGAUCAUCUUAAUGAUAUUAAACAUUUUACUUUCACAUUAAAGUAAGAUGUAUGAGAUAACUUUCAUCGUAUUAUGGAAACUAUUGGCGGAGAAAAUGUUAGCAUUAACGUCAAACCCUUGGUCUGUAAUGGGACGUUUUUUUUUGUUUGAAGUGCAUUAUCGUUAUUAUUUACUGUGUGCAAAUCAAAUUGUGCACGUAAUGCAUGCUGUUAUUGUAAUUGUUAUUCUAUGUUGUGUUAAUGCUAUUAUUCUUGUCUUAUUAUAUAUUGUGUCGCAUACUUUUACAAAAUAGAGUGCCAAAGUAAAAUAAAACAUUUGUAUCUGA